CGAACCCGUUACGCACAUGCCGGCUGAAAUACUAAUUGUUUUUUGCAGAAUACGCUCGAUUCUUUGAACUCUAAUCACUCAAAGCCAAUGUGAGGUACAUAAUUGAUUCUAUCACAUCUUCUUCUAUUCACACUUCUUCUCAGUCCUAGACUUCAGCUCUCAUUUUAUGAAAAGCCUUGCUAGGUAAAACGUGUGAGGGAUAAAAGACCUAGCAACGAUAUGCCAACGUCAGUGGUUAUUGCUUGGAGUGUAGCCUUCUCGGCGACAGCCAUUGCAAUCAUUGUGGGAAACUCCUUAACCAUCGCUGCCUUCCUUAAAAGUGCGAAACUCGUACGUAUGCGUGCUUGCUAUUUCUUGGUCAGUUUAGCCAUAGCGGAUAUGAUGAUUGGCAUAAUAACUGUUCCCAUGUACAUCAUACUCUUGAAUUACCACCUUCAAAACAGAGAAUACCAGAGUAUUUACACGGCUGUAGAUAUCGCAUCGGGAUUUGCAUCAGUCUUUACUUUAACCGCAAUUUCUCUGGAACGACUGUACGCAUUCUGGUUUCCAUUCAAAUACAGAGUGGCACAGACAAUGCGAGUCUACAUGGGCCUUGUGUUGAUCAUAUGGAUCAUGUCAGCGGUUAUAACCUGUCUGCACAUGCUCUUUAGAUACGAAAUCAUCUCGUAUACGCAUUUCUUUUUCAUCAUGUUCUGUUCCCUGACCACGUGUUUGUUGGUCAUGUGCACGUCGUACAUUGGAAUGUGGUUCAAGGUCCACUACCAUUACCGUCAAAACAACAGAACUCCAGCCAACGAGAAAAAAUUCGCACGCAUGAUUUUCACCAUCACAGCACUGUUUAUUUUCACCUGGUUGCCUUUUCAUCUUCUCAACAUUAUCAACUUCUUCUGCGGGCUUUGUUUAAAGAAUCAUUUACCACAUAAUCUUUUGUUUUUCUGCAAGCUGUUGCAAUACAUGAACUCAUUCGUCAAUCCGAUUAUAUAUGCCUUCCAGAUGCCUGAGUUCAGAAACACUUUGAUGAAGUUACUGUGUAAGCCUUCACCAGCAAGAGAAGAGUCAAGAAGAAUCGAGGAAAUCCCUCUUGAAAAACUGGAUGAUUGUCAAGACGUUAAAAUGUAGAUCUGGAAACUGGCCACUUUAAAUAUUUCAAAACUUACGUAAAAAACACAUCAAUUAUUUCUAAAUUUUUAUGGUAAAUACCGUUAUUUGAAAUUCUUCUACACACAUACUACGCAAGUACAAUAGACUUCACAGAAUAUAUGAGCUCUAAGUUAUCCACAAACAGCGAAUUAUUUCAUUGGAUAUUUUUAGCUUAUUAUAUUCAUAAAUCACGCCGGCUCCUGCAUAUUUACUCAGUUAAAACUGAAGCAUGUCUUUCAAAAUCAGUUAACGCUUUGAGGCAAGGACUAAAAUUUCAAAAACUUAAAGUAAAAUUU